CUCUAGUGCAAAACAGUGCAAGUGCAUCAAUGGAUGGGAAAAUAAUGAUAGAUUAGGUUAUGGAUUGAGAAGUUUUAGGCGUCAAAAAAUCAAAAAUAUUAACAGGUUGAGGACGCGGUGCCUAGGUAUAGAAGCAUAAAUCAAUAAGGAAAAACAUAAUACCUACGAUUUAAAUCUAUUUUUAUUCAUAAAAUAAACAAUGGGAAAAAUGAAAGCUUCAAAAGUUUCGCCGGUUAAAAAUGCGCAAAGAAAUGCUUGCUCUAUUAAAAAGAAACAGAGAAAAAAGAAAAUUAAAGACUCAUUCAAUAAUUUUGUAAAAUCAAAUGCAUCUAUUGAAAUAAAAAAGGAUAUAAUUACAAAUAUACAAAAUAAUAAAAAGAAGAAAUAUAAAAAAGAGUUUGCAAAUCAAUUUGCUGUAAAAGGAGAAUACAUAGAGCCAUCAAAUGCUUCAACAAAAUAUUCACAAGCUGAUAAUAUAUUCCAUAAAGUAGGAGCUAAUGCAGGUAGCGAAGUAAAAGGAAAGAAGAAAAAAGAAAAACAGAAAAGAAAUCAGAAAAGAGACUUCCAGCAAAAUAAAAUACCUACUACGAUGAAAACUCAACAGACAAAAUCUGAGAAAGUAUUGAAAUUAAACAAGCAUAAAAUAAAGCUUAAUCGAUUGGAAGAAUUGCUUAACAAUAAAUCACAAAACAAAUCACAGCAAAGUAAACAUAAGAUGAGAGAAGAACAAUCACUUACCUUGAGGGAUAGAAUGAUGACGCAGUUGAGAGCAUCCAGAUUCAGAUUCAUAAACGAGACAUUAUAUAGCAAUGAUAGUGCACACUCCAAGCGAUACUUUAAAGAGGAUCCCAAGUCUUUCAAAGCUUAUCAUGAUGGAUAUAAACAGCAGUUGGAGCAGUGGCCGAUAAAUCCAAUCGAUAUCAUAAUAUCAUCCAUUACAAAAAUGCCGGCAACCAAUGUAAUAGCCGAUUUCGGAUGUGGCGAAGCACGACUUGCUGUUUCUGUCCCUCAUAAAGUGCAUUCAUUUGAUUUCGUUGCUCUAAAUGACAAGGUACAAGCUUGCGACAUGGCUCAUACCCCACUGUUGGCACACAGUGUCGAUGUUGUCGUGUUCUGUCUCUCUCUUAUGGGAACCAAUCUCAACGAUUAUAUAACGGAAGCUAACAGGGUUCUUAAAAACAAUGGUAUUCUGAAAAUAGCUGAGGUCGAAAGCAGGUUCGAAAAUGUGGAGGAUUUUCUGAAAGUGUUACAGAAUUAUGGGUUUACAAAUACAUGGAAAGACUUAUCCAACGAUUUGUUUUAUUUUAUGGAUUUCAAAAAAAAAGAAGAUAUAAGCAUGAAAAGGAAAGAUCUUCCCUCAAUUGUGUUGAAGCCAUGCUUGUACAAAAAAAGAUGAGACUGUUACAUUGUUAUAAGAUUUAAAUUUAUUUUAAGUAUAAAAUAAAGUUGGAAAAAUUUUUUCGCGCA